UAUUUAAUUGUACUCCACUCUCCAUGCUUCAUACACUUAUACGUUGAGUUAUUUCAUCACGUUACGAUACGCACUUUUUUAUCUCCUGAUUAACAUUAUUAAUUUGAAUCCACAAUGUUGAUCACCCCUGGAGAUUUAAUACCAGUCCAACCAGAAGCCACAAUUAUACCUUGGACCAGAAGAAAGUCGCAGAUUUUAAAUUUUCUGCACCGUGGUCCUGUUACAUUCAAGACCCUGGUAUAUGAUACAAAUGUUGGAGAUAUUUCAUCACUGGCCACUUAUUUUAACCCGGAAAGGGUAUCCGUCAAGGAUCUAAAUUCAAGAUUUGGUCAGCACCCUAGCAGUGGAGAUAAUAGCAAGGAAGAAGAUGUAAAAGUAGGAUCUGAGAAUGUUAUUAAACCUCGUCUUCUCCUUUACCCGGAGCAUAACCUAAACCAUUCCCAGGUUAAGGUUCAACGCACACUCAAGUGGGUUCUAUCUCACCAGGAUGGAGAGGACAACGCAGACCUGUCCCGUCUCCCCCCUACCGACAACAUUGGAUCCGUCCGUCUGGGACCAGCUGAUCACAUCUCAUCCAUUCGACACGCAUCCGCUGAUAACAUUGUUCCAACCCGGCUCGGAUCGAUAGAUAACCUAUCCUCCACCCGGACCGGAUCUACGGAUAAUCUAUCCGGAUCUCUGGAUGUACGUUGGAAGCGAAGUUCCGGACCAGUGACUGGAAUCCGGAUCGGAGAAAAUCUGAAUAUUAAUCAAGGCCCUCGUCCUGUCUCUAGACCUGCCUCUGUCUCAAGAUUGACUCCUAUCGGUCAUCCUCUGAACCCUGAGCAGGUUCCUAGCUCAGAUACCAGCAGUGUAAUGGGGAUACAGGAGCUCCGAACCCUACCUAGUACCAUGCCCAACCUAUCCUCUGCGUUAAAUAGUGUAUGGAGUGAACUGCCCCGUGAUAUGAGCAUAUCCCAUGAGAGUAUUGAUCGUUGGCCAUCCUACGAAUCCAAGGAGGUCUCCUGGUGAUCGUUGCCCAGAUCGGUAAUCCAAGAAGUGCUCACGGUGAUCGUUGAUUACCAACAAACCUGUUAUUCUAGACGUAUCGGCUCUCGUCGUAAAUAUGAAAUGAAUUGACUAAUUAAGCUAUGCAAAGCUAAAAUGUAAAUAUGUAUGUGACGUUUUUGAACAUGAAAAAAUUUAUUGACAAAUAUAAUAAUUGUUCAGUUAGAA